AUGUUGUCACAUGUAAUAUUUCUACUUUUAUUACUUCAUGCUGGUGAUAUGGUGCAGGUGAUUGACAACGGGUUAGCGCCACCUGAGAUUGUGCAUAGGGCUGUAUCAUCAAAACCCCUCUGUCGAAUUACCGCUGCCCCUCUUGACCUCCUGUUUGUACUUGACAGUUCCGGUUCUUUGAGGGAUCAAUUCCAGGAUGAGAUCGAAGUCAUCAGAAAGAUAGUACGCCACGUUGCUAUUGGCGAAAAUGCAACCCGAGUAGCACUAAUUCAAUUCAGUGGUGUCCAGCACCUCGAAUUUAACUUCCACUCAUUUGCAACAAGGGAUAGUUUAAUGGCAGCCUUAUCUGUUCUUCGCCAUGUUUCUGGAAUUACAAGAGUGGGAGGGGCAUUCAAAUUUGCGCAGGAAACCCUGGAAGAUCCGACAAUUGGAAUUCGCGAUUGGUCAGUACCCAAAGUCCUAUUUUUACUAUCCGACGGCCGCACGCACGAUUUUCCAAUGGACUUCGAAAUUGUGGAAGACCUUCGACGUAGCCAUCCUAGACUAGAAAUCUGGGCCUACGGUACUGGCGAAUAUGUUGCAAUGACGGCAUUAUUAAACUAUACGAGGAACGCAGAUAAAAUUGUAACAAAUUCAAAUCUGGACAAGUUAGAAGACAUGUUUGCACCCUGGCAUGGAAUAGAAAUUUGUGAAACUCAACCAGCAUGUGUGAAGGGCUCUGAUAAACCUCUUGAUCUAUUCCUAAUUAUCGAUUCCUCUGAAUCGGUCGAUCGAUUAUUUCAAAAACAGGUUCAAUUCGCCAUCGACCGCAUCAUCAACAACAUCAAUCUGCAUCCGGAGGCGGUGAGGAUGGCAUUGAUUACCUUCUCAGGGAAAGCCUUUACGCACUUUGCGUUUAACGAUACGAAGUUUUGGAAUAAUAGUGCGGUCGUUAGCCAUCUGAAUGCUUUGAGAUCGAUCAAAGGGACGACUAGUACUCAUCUCGCUUUGGAUCAAGCUUUGAGGAUUUUGAAAAGCGAAGAAUCAGGGGCUAGAAGUGACAUCCCAAAGCUUGCGAUUGUUCUGACAGAUGGCCGAUCACAUAAAACCCCGGCUGAAGAAGCUAAAUUACUUCGUGAAGCUGGUUGUCCAAUCAUUGCGGUUGCCGUCAUGUCAAGCUUGGUAGAAGAGAAAGAGCUUGUAGCCAUUACCGGGGAUCCCAAAUUAGCAUUUACCACUAAAAAUCUGGAGAAAUUCGAAGAGGUGUUAAUGGAAUUUGUUGGUUUUGGUUGCCCUGGGAUCGCGUUGGGGCCGGAUGCUACUCCAACCGUACGCGGGGCUACUGACGUAAAAUGUGACGCUAAUGGGAUGGAGAUCCGUAUCCGGACUGUUCGACCUAUGCAAGGGAUGAUAUAUGCACAAUCUCAUCAUGAGGACAGGAGAUGUAUUAUUCGUGGCGACGGGAAAGACCGCGAGCUCGCACUGCGCAUCGAGGAAAACACGUGCGGGAUGACAAAGUGGGAAACGCUGGCUGGAUAUGUCUAUAAUGUCUCUGUAAUCCUACAAUUCCACCCGUUGAUUCAGACGCGGGCGGAUCAGGGAAUCGAUCUCUCAUGUCUUUCACCACAACCAUUAGCUUCAAAUUUCCGUGAAAAACGAUUAGAAAAGAAGCUGGAUGAAGUCGCUUGUACCUACAAUUUACAUCGAUAUUCCCCGGAAAUGUGUGCCGUUCUAGAAGCAAAAGUCGGCGAAACCAUCUUCCACAAAUGGCAAUGCGAGCUCCCCUCCAAUCACACGUUCCUUGUCCACGACUGUUAUGUACGGAGCGAGCACGAGGAACAACAAAUCAUCGAUGAGGAUGGGUGCGCGCUGGAUGUGUAUUUUCUGGAGACACCUAUUUACGAUCUUCUUUUUAAGCCGACGUUGAGUGGGGGUACUUAUAUUUGGCAGGAAAUGUCCGCCUUCAAAUUUCCCGGCGAUCCAACUGUCGAAUUCUCAUGCCAAGUAUCGCUGUGUGAAAUUGAUGCGGAAUGUUCAUUGUCGAUACCUCCAAAGUGCGGCAUGUCGCCGCAACGACAGCCGGGAAAACGGCUGAAAAGACAGACCACAUUGCCAACCCGUCACGGCUUCGCCUCAACCUUUGAAGUAUCCACCCACGCCAUCACCGUGCUCGAAAACGAAGGAAUACGCCCCCGUACCAGCGUCAAAUUUUGUGAUAUCUAC